CCUCGGCUUGGCACUGACACUGCAGCCAUGGCACGUUCUCACCUCCCGCUGGCGAUGGGCCUGGCUCUGAUCGCGCUCUGCCUCCUGGCGCUGUCCCCUGACGCCCGCGCUGAUCCGCGAGGCCGCAGGACUGGAGAACGCCAGGACCUGGCUCCCAACGACCCGCAGGUGCAGAGGGCGGCGCAGGCAGCUGUGGCCAGCUACAACAUGGGCAGCAAUAGCCUCUACUACUUCCGCGACACGAACGUCAUCAAGGCGCAGAGCCAGCUGGUGGCUGGCAUCAAGUACUACCUGACAGUGGAGAUGGAGAGCACAGCGUGCCGGAAGACCAGGGUCUCUGGAGACCAUGUGGACCUCACCACCUGCCCCCUGGCCACAGGGGUGCAGCAGGAGAAGCUGCGCUGUGACUUUGAGAUCCUCGAAGUCCCUUGGAAGAACUCUUCUCAGCUUCUCAAACACAACUGUGUGCAAGUGUAAUCGGCCCCCAGGCGGGAGCGGAUGAAGGGACACAUGGUGGAGGGCACCUCAGAGCCAUUGCCACAUCUUCUGCAAUAAAUCACUGGCACUGC